AUGCCACAAAACGUUAUUCUCCAAGGACCGGCACCCUGGGGAUUCAGGCUCUCAGGAGGAAUAGAUUUUAACCAACCCUUAAUCAUAACCAGGAUUACACCUGGAAGUAAGGCUUCAGCUGCCAACCUGUGUCCUGGUGAUGUUAUUGUAGCUAUUGAUGGGCUAAGCACAGAGAACAUGACACAUAAUGACGCCCAGGAGAGAAUUAAAGCAGCCGCACAUCAGCUUUGUUUGAAAAUAGAGAGGUCAGGAACUAAAUUAUGGUCCCCACAAGUUUCAGAAGAUGGCAAACCACAUCCCUUCAAGAUAAAUUUGGAAGCUGAACCACAGGACAUGAACUACUUUGAACACAAGCACAAUAUUCGGCCCAAACCUUUCAUAGUCUCAGGCCGAAGCAGUGGAUGCAGCACUCCUUCGGGGAUUGAGUGUGGCAGUGGACGCAGUACCCCCUCUUCAAUUAGCACGGUUAGCUCUAUCUGCCCGACCGAGCUGAAAGCAGUGUCUAAGAUGGCCCCUAACAUUCCCUUGGAAAUGGAGCUUCCCGGUGUCAAGAUUGUACACGCUCAGUUUAACACACCUAUGCAGUUGUACUCAGAUGAAAAUAUCAUGGAAACACUGCAAGGCCAAGUUUCUACAGCUCUGGGGGAAACACCCAUAAUAAGUGAACCAUCUCCCAACUCAGUGCCUCAGUCUGAUGUGUACAAGAUGCUGCAUACCAACCAGGAGGAGCCCAGUCAACCUCGCCAGUCUGGCUCCUUUAAGGUGCUCCAGAAUUUAGUCUCCGAGGAAGAUGGACGCCCCAUGGGUACAAGAAGUGUGAAAGCACCUGUAACAAAGAUACCUACUGCCAUGCCUGGUGUCCAGAAAGUGCCACUGUGUGACAAAUGUGGGAAUGGGAUUGUAGGAACGGUGGUGAAGGCACGUGAUAAAUACCGGCACCCAGAAUGUUUUGUGUGCUCUGACUGCAAUCUCAACUUGAAACAAAAAGGCUACUUCUUUGUGGAGGGGCAACUAUACUGUGAAGCUCAUGCACGAGCUCGCAUGAGGCCACCAGAGGGAUAUGAAGCAGUUACUGUUUACCCAAAAUGCUAG